CUUCCUGGCGACGAGCUGCGCAGGAAAGACGCAGCGGUCCGGGCUGCGUUUGCGCUGCGGUUCCCUCGCGCUCGAUAUGACCGAUCUUCGUUAUCAACAAGCAGCAUGGCGGAGCCGACCGUCCGUAUGUCUGGCAUCGUUUUAGCCUCGCUGAUGUUUCAGCAUGUUAACAGCGACUCAGACGUGGAAGGUCUGAUCCUCGGAGAGAGCAAGUUCGAAGAGCAGAUCACCAUCAGUGACUCUCAGGCUGAUCACAUUCACAUUGAGGAAAUUUACAGUAUCCAGAAGCACAUAGCCUGCCACAAACUCAACUACUUUUACAACAGUGUAGGAGGAGUGAACGUGGAGGCAGUAAAGAAAAUCCUGGCAGACAAUAAGCAGAACCUCAGCACUGAUGGAGCUGCUGUUGUACAUCUGGAGGAGAGUGUGAUUGGUUGGUACAGACAGCGGAGGAACACGGAUCAACAGAUGACGUUCAGAGAGAAGAUCGUCCAUGAGAACCUGAAGACUUCUCUGUCCAACCCUCACAUGAUCUUCGUGCUGCUGACGCCCAGCAAACUAACAUCCCCGGGGUCAACUCACAGGAUGGAGUACGCUGCCUUCAUCUCCCGCAGCAGGCAGUUCAUGAACGUUCCCGUGCUGGUCAACAACCUGGGUUUACUGGAGCAGCUGGCUUACUGGAAGGUGUCGGCGCCCUGCUCGGCGGUGGGCUACAACCUCACCAUGAAGAAACACGGGUCUAAAUUCUUCUCCUCCAACGGGCUGCUGAGAGAAGUCAACGAAGUGAACAAAAUGAACGAUUCUCUGCAGUCGGAGCUGCAGAAGGCGUGCAGAGAUGUGGAGGAGAGUGAGCGUCUGGUCGAAGCGCUGCAGGCUGACGUUUCGGCUCUCAGGAGGAGAGUCAGAGAGAAGACGUGGAGCGGAGCGGGAAAAGAAACGGUCGACGAUCCACCGGAGCAGAACAACCUGCUGCUCCACGAGGCCGUCAGAGCCCUGUUCGCCUGCUCUCCUCUGUUCCACACGCAGACCCUCACUCUCCAGGCCUUUCCCGUUCCCGGCGUCUGCUGCGGCUCCGAGCAGGACGAAGCGUCGGACACGCUGUCGCUCUCCCUGCUGAAUCCCGGCAGAACGAACUGUCUCAAGAGGCUGACGGAAGUGUCGGCGGGGAGGGAGAGCAAACGCAGGAAAAGCAAAUCGUGAUGUGAAGGAGUUGCCGUGGAAUCAUUUCUGUUUGUAUUCGUGACACUCAAACUUCAUCUUGUUCUUAAUCAGUUUUUGUUGGUCACUCACAUUAUUCUAACAUCACUAAACUACAUACAAAACAAAAAAUACACACGUUUACCCCAAAAUAGUCGCUUGUUUUAAUGGUGAAUCCCUUUAAACUGCAGUUAUUAGAUGAGAAAUUAAGGUUGUUUUAAUUAUUGUUCAUGUCAUUUAAACUCUCAGUUUAGGGACUGGUUUGAAAAUUGAUAAUAUUUUUCGUUUUUUAUUUUAUUUAUUUUUUCCAAGCAAAAAUAGUGAAAAAAAAAAAGCCAAAUAUUCUCUCAAAUGCAAAGAUAAGCUGCUUCUGUUUUAUAUCUGAGCUGAACCUCUUUGGGUUCUGGACUGUCGGUUGGAAGAGACAUCUGAUUUCUGUCAUGUCAACACUGGGACUCAUGUUUUAAUGUCUGUUAGUCGUCUGGGAUGUGAAAACAUCAAAUUUCCACACGUUGGCUGAUCAUUUUUUGAAAGGUCUAGCAGCAUUUCCCCAAAAUCUUUGUCUGAAAUUUAAAAAUCGGUGGGAAGUUUUAGAAGAUGAGCAGUUUGGUUCAUU